AAGAUCAUGAAUGCAGUUCAGGGGACUUGCUCUAUAACGAAGAAUUUAGAAAUUACUUUAGAAGUAAAUCCAACACCACAAGAAUCUGUCAAGUUGAAAGAUUUCCUGUCAGCAGGGAUAAACAGGGUUUCACUUGGAAUACAGGCUCUCGAUGACAGCAGUUUGAAGCUCUUCAAUCGUGAUCAAAGUGUGGAAGAAGCACUGAAGGCAAUUGAAUAUGCGAAGAAAUUUUUUCCAGGUCGUGUUUCAUUAGAUUUAAUAUUCGGAAGGCCUAGGCAGACAUAUGAAAGAUGGAUGGAUGAACUUCAUACGGUACUAAAUGCAUGUGAUGAUCACUUAUCUUUGUACCAGUUAACGGUAGAGAGAGGAACAAAAUUACAUCGGCAGGUGGCUGCAGGGGAAGUAGCACUGCCGGAAGAUGAUGCCAUGGCUGUGUUGUAUGAAGCUGCAGUGUCUUUGCUUCAUGAUGCUGGGUUCAAAAGAUAUGAAGUUUCUAACUUUGCUCGAGGAUCUGAAGCUGAAUGUUUGCACAACAAGUUGUACUGGAAGAAUUCACAAUACAUCGGUGUUGGACCAGGAGCUCAUAGCAGAGUUGUACUAAAAAACGAUACUCUAUUGAAAUCAGAGAGUUUAAAACACCAUCAUACAAGAGAUCAAGACAAAACAGUCGACUUAGGAGUUAAAGUAAAUAGCACACACAAAAAUCUACUGACCAGAAAAUUUUGCCGUGCUGCAAUUGUAAAUGCAGCUGAUCCAGUAAGUUGGCUGCGGGAAGUUCAGUUUCAUGGAACAGGGACUCGUAACAUCAAAUUUCAAACCAGGUUAGAUAUCUUACAUGAAUAUGUUGCCUCUGGAUUAAGGACAAGUGAAGGGAUUACUGCUGACAUAUGGCAAUCUUUCUGUCCAUGGAGAACCCUAGUUGAUAUAUUUCAGGAAGACACACUUUGGCUUCAAGAGAAGAAUUUAUUGGACAUUUCUGAUACCUAUAUGAAAGCUACAGAGUUAGGAUUAAAUGUAUUGGAUUAUAUAUUGCCAUAUCUAAUUAAUAUUGUUGAGAAGGAGCUAAACAGAUAGGUUAAAUUCCAAAUAGUCUCUGAGAGACUGUCUCCCCCAAAACACAUAUAACUUAGCCAUUUGAAGUUUUAUGCAUGUAUGUUGUUUGAAAUAAAGUGAUUUAACUUCU